ACAUAUCGAUUCGUCGCUGGUCAUAGGAUCACGUGACUUUUCUGAGCCUGUGCAGUAUGUAUCAUUGGAUAAGGUUAUAUUGUGUUGUCCAGUAGAGAGAAUGAAUGCGUCUCUGCUUUUGCGAUCAACGCAGAUCGCGCUAUCCAUUCGCAGAAAUCUCAAUUGCUGGACGGCUGCAAUAACGAAGAAGCAUAGAAAAAUAUAUAUGAGAACGUAUCCUACACAUCUUAUUUUGUCAGAUGGUAGUAGCAUUAAUAUAGAAUACGAUGUUCCAAGAAUGAUAAUCAAGCUUCCCCUCGAUAUGGAUACUAUUUCAGAAGAGCAACGUAAAAUCAGGGUAGCAGCACGUAAACCCUUAUCCAAAAUAGAAGUACUCGAAGAGAUAGAUGAUAACUUUGACGAAUUUGAAUAUAUUAGAAUGAAUAGUUGACAAAAUUUAAUAGGAUAAUAUA